AAUCGGCCCGACGAGUUGUCCGGAAAGUACGCGUUCGUAAAACGGUUUUAAUUUUUUGUUUUCUCUAUACCUAGAGUUUUUGUGGAAAGUAAAAAUUUUGUGCAUUUCUGAAAUUUAUAACUCAUAAAUUCAAAAAAAAAAAAAAAAAAAAAAAAAGAGCGCUUCUGGCAAAAGUUUAUUGGGACUAUGGCUCUAUCGCAGCGGUGAGCAGGAGUGGGCUGUGAAGCAUGGUAGCCCGCUGCAUACACUACGCAAAGAGCAUCGCAGUCUUGAUAAGUCGAAUUCUGAAAGCGGCAGUGCGAAAGGCAGUUUGGAAUUAAGUGAUGCAAAUUCUCAAGCCAUGUCGGGCGAUCGUGUUUCUAUAAUUUUUACGCUGAAAAAUCAAGUUGGCAAUUUGGCCAGAGCAUUGCAAGUUUUUCAGGAGCUGGGCAUUAAUGUCCUACAUUUGGAAUUAUCUCCUUUGGAGAAAGCUAGCAACCAGGCUGAUGUACUCGUCGAUGUGGAAUGUGAUGCCCGACGGCUGGAUAAAGUACUGCAAAUGCUUAAUCGUGAGGUACAAUCUGUAAAUUAUACAACCGUACAUCCAAUGUUUCGUGCGCCAUCCUUAUCAACACGCUCUAGCUUUGAUUUUGGCGAUAUGGUUUGGUUUCCGCGCAAAAUUUCCGACCUGGAUAAGGCACAAAAUGUGCUAAUGUACGGUUCCGAGCUGGAUGCUGAUCAUCCAGGUUUCAAAGAUCCCAUUUAUCGCAAGCGACGCGAGCAAUUUACCGCCAUAGCGAACAACUAUAAGAAUGGGCAACCAAUACCACGUGUGACCUACACGCCGGAUGAGAUAAAAACUUGUUAUAGGGGCACCGUCUUUCGUGAACUGCAUCGCCUCUAUGCCAAACAUGCAGUGCCGGAGUAUAUGGAAAAUUGGCCCGAACUGGUUAAGUACUGUGGCUACCGUGAGGACAAUCUGCCGCAAUUGGAGGAUGUUAGCAACUAUUUGAAACGCAAGACGGGCUUUCAACUACGUCCAGUAGCUGGGUAUUUAUCACCACGUGACUUUUUGUCUGGUUUGGCUUUUCGUGUAUUCCAUUGUACACAAUAUAUAAGACAUUCUUCAGAUCCGUUUUACACGCCGGAACCUGACUGCUGUCACGAGCUUUUGGGUCAUAUGCCUCUGCUAGCUAAUGCCAGUUUUGCUCAAUUCUCACAGGAAAUCGGUUUGGCCUCAUUGGGUGCGGAGGAUGCAGAUAUUGAAAAAUUAGCAACGUUAUAUUUUUUCACGGUUGAAUUUGGGCUGUGCAAGCAACAGGAUAAUACAUUCAAGGUAUACGGCGCUGGUCUUUUAAGCUCUGUAGCCGAACUACAACAUGCUAUAACCGCUGCGGAUAAAAUAAAAAAAUUCGAUCCGGAUAUAACUUGUCAAGAAGAAUGUAUUAUAACAUCCUAUCAAAAUGCUUACUACUACACCGAUUCAUUCGAGGAGGCCAAGGAGCAAAUGAGAAAUUUCGCCGACAGCAUACAACGCCCGUUCGGCGUGCGCUACAAUCCUUAUACGCAGGAGGUGGAGGUGCUCUCGAAUGCGCAGAAGAUCACCGCUUUUGUGAGCGAACUAAAGGGCGACUUGAGUUUGGUUUGCCAAGCUAUGCGCAAAAUUUCGACCACCGAUGAGCAGCUAGACGUGGAUACCAUAACAAGUAUGUUGCAGACAACGCUACAUGUGCGAGGCGAUAGAUCACCGUGCAGCUCCAAUGUAAGUCCAGAUAAUUCCGAUAAUUCGCAGCAUUCGUUGGGCGAAUAGAGGAUGUACAGCGGUGGAACUCUUAAAAUUGUUGAAAUAGGUGUAAAUUGUUAAAGAAAAAAAAAAUGGAAAAGUUAUGC